AGUAGCAGAAGACGACGAAGAAGAAGAAGAAAAACAACAAGAAGCAAACGUUAGGCGCCAUUUUCGCAUAAAUCGCGACCCAGCGAUACACAGAAAAACACCCUCGAUGUCCGCGGGUGUGGGUGGCGGCGGAGGUAGCAUAACCACAGAUCAUCAUAGCCGUUUAUAUUUUCUUAAUUCGCCAACGGCGCCGCUUACCGCCCGCGAUCCGUUCUUCAUUAAACCGGAAUAUCUCAACUAUGAGAAUCCCAUGCACCAUCUCUAUCCGAGCAACAGGGGCCUCAUAGAGUAUAACAGUUAUACGACAACAGUUGCCGCCGCUGCUGCGGCCAGUGCGAGUACAGGUGCCGCUGCUGCAGCCGCUGCCAACAACAACAACAGCAACGCGAACGCCAACGCAAGCAGCAACAGCGAAAACAGCUUCCAGCCACAUCCGCAACAACAUCCGCAGCAGCAGCAACAGCAACAACAUCCGCAACAUCCGCAGCACACACAACAACAGCAGCAACAACAUCAACAGCAGCAGCAGCAACAACAUCCACAGGCGCCGCAUCCCCUGCACCAACAUUUAUCCACCGGCAUCGUUGUCACCGGCGUCGCCCUCGGUCAUCAAUCGUCGCGGGCACAGAAGGCGGCGCGUCGGCGCAGCAACGAAUCUGUCGAGGCACGGGAACGACGUCUGGAACGGAACGCGGCGAGAAUGCGAGAUAAGCGCAGCAAAGAAUCGGAGGCCGAGUAUCGGCUGCGUUUGGCCAAAAACGCCGAGGCGAACCGCGUCCGACGCCAAAACGAAAACGAAGUACAAAGAACCCUAAGACUGAUGAAGAACGCCGCCCGCCAGCGACUGCGACGCGCCAGCGAAUCGAACGACGAGCGCAAAAAGCGUCUGGCCAAGGCGGCCGAGCGGAUGCGCGUCUCGCGGGCGAGUGCUCCCAAGGUGAUCAAGCCGCCGCUCGAGGAUCGCCUCAAGGGCUACUAAGGAGCAGCAUCAGCAGCAUCAGCAGCAGCAGGCGGAAUCCAAUCAGACAACACCCAACACACGCACGGAUAGACAAACAGACAGACAGGCCAUAUACAUGUGCACGCCUAUAGCCGAAUCCAAUCAGAGCGCAAUUGGAAGCUUCUGAAGCGGGCUUCAGCAAGUAAAGUGCAUUCACACACACACACACACACACACACACACACACACACACACACGCAAUAACAGU